CCGUCUCAGGUAUCGCGGCACAUGGCGGACCCCUAGUAUGGCCACGUUCAGAGUGUGGUAUAAAUAUAGCGGCGUCGCCCGUCCCCGUGCAGAACGUUCAGUUACUCUCAGCCCUUCAACGCCUCAGGACUUCUCCGUCGGUUGCUCAACACAUAACCAUGCCCGAAUUAUCACGAGACGAAAUUGAGGAGGUCACAGAGGUCUUCGACCUUUUCGAUUUCUGGGAUGGUCGUGAUGGCGCCGUCGACGCUGCCAAGACCGGCGACAUGUUGUACUGUCUGGGCCUCAACCCCACAAUGAGCACCAUCAUGAAGAACGGAGGUGUUCAAAAGUUCGGAGAGAAGAACUACAAACUGGAGGAGUUCCUGCCCAUCUACCAGACCGUCAUGCAGAUCAAGGACACAGGCACCUACGCCGACUUCAUGGAGGCUUUCAAGACAUUCGACAGAGAGGGUCAGGGCUUCAUCUCAUCUGCUGAGUUGAGGCACGUUCUGACAUCUCUGGGAGACAGAUUGUCAGACAACGACGUUGAUGAAAUCAUCAGGUGCACAGACUUGAGAGAGGAUCUGGAGGGCAACGUCAAGUACGAGGACUUCAUCUCGAGAGUUAUGGCCGGACCCUACCCAGACAAAUAAACGCACAAUAAAAACACUCUCCAAACUACGUCUCACAAUUCUCAUGACUUCCACGUUGGUCUGUUAUAUAAGGCCAACCAAAGACGUUACCUUCAUCUAAACAUUAUCAAAAGCUCUGUCCCAAGAGCAAAGAUUAACUCCACUCCGCGGCCCGCUUCUGUGCAAUGUCCCUGAGAAGGUCAUGUCUUGGACUGAAAUUGUGAAACCAAUGGCAUUUCGUGACACAGGCAAUGCUGCUCUGUUCAACCAAUCAGCAACGCCGUCUUUCGGCCCUCAGGUUGUGAGACUUGCGCCUCUAUGAUGUGAUCUAUGUGUAACUUGAUACAGCUCAGUGUAUAUACAUCCUAAUUUAUUUACAUGGGAAAAUGUACAUAUCUAACAUGUCUGGCGAAGGUUAUGGCGUUAAACUGUGCAAUGAAAUUCCCCGAUUAAAUAUUUAGUCUCGAACCACCAAUUUUGUUGUGUUGAGCUCCUCUCUGGAGAAUGUGUGAUCUGCUCAUUAUGGCUGUGUGACGCAUAAUAAAGUCGGUUAUCACGAA